CUCGACCGCCGAAUAAAAAUCAGAAGUCGUUUGUAUUUCGAUUCAACAACGUCAAGAAGAAUAACAAUGAAACUUUUAGUUCUCGCCGCAUUUUUGGCUUACGCCAAAGCAGGAGUUAUCAGCUCUUAUGCUACAGCCCCCGUAGCAUACUCAGCCCCAGCUGUUCAUACUUACGCCGCCCCAGCUGUUCAUUCUUAUGCUGCACCAGCUGUUCAUACUUAUGCUGCACCAGCUGUUCAUACUUAUGCCGCCCCAGCUGUACAUACUUAUGCCGCCCCAGCUGUUCAUAGUUACGCAGCCCCCGCUGUACACACCUACGCCGCCCCAGCCAUCGCAAAAGUAGCUACAUAUGCCGCUCCAGCUCCAAUCACCUACGCUGCAAAAGCAAUCGCUCCCGUUGCUUACUCCGCCCCAGUUGUUAAAGCCGUAGCCCCAGCUGUAGCUGUUGCCAAAACCAUCGUAAAUGAAGAAUACGACCCCAACCCACAAUACUCCUUUGGAUACGACGUCCAAGAUGGUCUCACCGGAGAUUCCAAAAGCCAAACUGAAACUCGUAACGGAGAUGUCGUCCAAGGAUCUUACUCCUUAAACGACCCAGAUGGCACCAGAAGAACCGUUGAUUACACCGCUGACCCCAUCCACGGAUUCAACGCUGUUGUACGCAAAGAACCUUUAGCUGUCGUUGCUAAAGUUGCUGCCCCAGUUGUUGCUAAAGUAGCCGCACCAAUUGUUGCUAAAGUAGCCGCUCCAGUUACUUAUUAUCAUUGUAUAAAAGAAACAUUGACAAAAUUUCAAAUCACAAUUCGUUCGGAUUUUGAUUCAAAAACACCAAGAAUAACAAUGAAACUUUUCAUUUUCGCCGCUAUUUUGGCUUAUGCCAAAGCAGGAGUUAUCAGUUCUUACGCUGCCCCAUCAUUAGCUUAUGCAGCUCCUGUUCAUAGCUAUGCUGCCCCAGCUAUUCAUAGCUAUGCUGCUCCAGCUAUUCAUAGCUAUGCUGCCCCAGCUAUUCAUAGUUACGCCGCCCCAGCUCCAAUUACCUACGCCACAAAAGCAAUUACUCCAGUUGCCAAAACAAUCGUAAAUGAAGAAUACGAUCCCAACCCACAAUACUCAUUUGGAUACGAUGUCCAAGAUGGACUUACAGGAGAUUCAAAAAGCCAAAGUGAAACUCGUAAUGGAGAUAUCGUCCAAGGAUCUUAUUCUUUAACCGAUCCCGAUGGCACAAGAAGAACCGUCGAUUACACCGCUGAUCCCAUCCAUGGAUUCAACGCCGUUGUACGCAAAGAACCUUUAGGCGUUGUUGCAAAAGUUGCAGCCCCAGUUGUAGCUAAAGUUGCAAAAGUAGCCCCAGUUACUUAUUACCACUAACGUGAUAAAUUUUGUUAAUAUCUUAUUUAUUACCCAAAUAAAGUAUUUGUCUAAAUAUUCAA